UGGGGAUGCUAAGCUUCAUUCUUUGGACUUUCUCUCUCAUCCCCCUCCUCAAGUAUGUCUUCUUUGUGCUCAAUGCAGACGACGAAGGCGAAGGUCAGAGAAAACUUAAUCUUAGCAGGGGUAGAAUGGAUAAGGAUAUGUUCAUAAAUAAGAUUAUCCUAAACACAAUUACUCAAUCCAUAGUGUUCCACACACCACUAGUGUAUUGUAAAUAGUACUACGUACGAUAUAGAUACUUGAUGGAUAGUGUUCCAUACACCACUCGUGUAUGGUAAAUAGAGAAACCUAUGAUAUAGACUGUCGAUUUACGGUGAUGGUAGGUGUAGAUUAGCACCCCUGGGUGAAUGUGGCCACUGGAGAUUGUGAAUAAUCUUCACCUUUCUCAAUGGGACUGGAGGUUGAUAUCCCCAUGGUGUACCAUGUGAUGUUUAAAACCGGUGCAUGGUACACUCUAGGAAACCAAAGAAAAAGAAAAAGAAAAAGUGGGUAUAGUGCUUUUUGAGUGAUCUUCAAACCCGUCCAAAUGCGGUAGGUGGACCCACAAUUUUUGGGUAGGGGUCGUAGGACACCACCUUCUCUAGAUUGGGAGAACCUACCCUACGCAAACAAAACAAGAAAGAAGAGAGAGAAAUAUACUUGGGAAUAGGAAAUUUUUUUUUUAUAAUAUUUUACCAUUUAGCAAAAAAACAUUACACGGGAAUAGGUUCAAAGCUCUUUUGUGAGUUUACACUUGUAUCAGGCUUGUUUGGAUGACGAUGUUUUUUGAAGGCAGACAAGAGGCAUCUUGAAAAGAUAUUUGGUCUCGAGAGUUUAUUUAUUGGGAUUGUAUGUUAUGGUAUUUUUUAUUUUUGGUAAAAAAAAUUAUAAUUAUUUUUAGCUAUUAGAAAUAAAAUUUAUAGAUAGAAGUGUUUCACAAUAAGUUUUAUUGGACCUUAUGCCUAAACAAUGAUAUGUACUCAACAACCCAAAUUCAAAUUUAGCUGUCAAUGAUGAUUAUAACAUCCUUAUAUCAAAAACUAAAAAAACUCAUUGUAUAUUUUUUCUUAUUUAUUUGCUGGGUGUGUGCAUUCCAAACCUAUCUAGGACCGCGCCUAGAUAUCUUAGACUUGUCUUUGUAAUUCAAAGGGGGGCUCUUUGCUUUGUAUUCUUUGCUAUGCAAGAAUGCAAAUUUAAGGGUACCCAAGGACUCAGUUAAGCCCCAUUUUAGGGGUGGAGUGGACAAAAGCUUCUUUGAGAGACAUGCUUGGGCAAGAGUAAGUGUCUUACUAAUUGUCAUGCUUGGCACUGGAAUGGUGAUCGUUGAUGGAGUACUCACACCAGCUAUAUCUGUGCUUUCAGCCGUAUCAGGCAUCAGAGUAAAGGCCAAUCUACACGAGGGCUUGGUGCUAGCCAUAGCAUGCUUGGUGUUAGUUGGCCUUUUUGCUCUCCAGCAUUUUGGAACUCGAAAGGUUGCAUUCAUGUUCGCACCAGUGGUUAUACUAUGGCUUCUAAGCAUUGGAGCAAUUGGCCUUUACAAUGUGGUUUCCUGGAACCCUAGGGUUCUUAGGGCUAUCUCUCCUUGCUACAUGUUCCAUUUCCUUAGAAUGACUGGCAAAGAUGGCGUGGUUUCUCUUGGAGGCAUACUUCUUUGUAUAUCAGGUGCCGAGGCCAUGCAUGCAGAUUUAGGGCAUUUUUCACGGUUUUCUAUCAAAGUGGCCUUUCUGGGUUUGGUUUACCCAUGUUUGGUUUUGGCUUACAUGGGUGAAGCUGCAUUUCUCACUAAGCACCCAGAAUCCAUUCAUAUGAGCUUUUACAACUCUAUUCCUGAGAGUGUGUUUUGGCCGGCUUUCUUGACGGCGACCCUAGCCUCAGUAGUUGGAUCACAAGCUGUGAUUUCUGCCACCUUCUCAGUGGUGCAACAAUGUGCAGCCCUUGACUGUUUCCCAAGGGUGAGGGUGGUUCACACAUCAAAGCUCAUCUACGGUCAGAUUUACAUCCCUGAGGUGAACUGGAUCCUCAUGCUCCUAUGUCUUGCUGUCACUCUUGGCUUCCAAGACACUCUCUCUAUAGGCCAUGCAUAUGGCAUAUCAGUCAUUAGCAUCAUGUUUAUCACGACCUGCUUAAUGGCAAUUGUGAUCAAGGCAUCAUGGAAGAAGCCAUUUUGCGUAGCCAUGGCCUUUCUCUUGUUCUUUGGAUCGAUUGAACUCCUCUACCUCUUUGCUUCACUCAUGAAGGUUCCUCAAGGUGGCUGGUUCACUCUCCUUCUCUCCUCCAUUUUCCUUGUACUAAUGUACGUGUGGCACUAUGGCAAAUCGAAAAAAUAUGAAUUCGACCUCCAUAACAAGGUCCCAAUGGAAACAUUAUUAGGCCUCGGGCCGAGCCUUGGCAUAGUAAGAGUGCCUGGAAUUGGCCUUAUUUACACAGAGCUGCCUGAUGAUGUGCCCCCGAUUUUCGCCCACUUCAUGACCAACCUCCCUGCUUUUCAUAAGGUCCUAGUUGUUGUUUGUCUAAGAUCCAUACAUGUUCCGACUGUUCCCACUACUCAACGUUAUUUGAUUAGUAGGAUAGGCACAAAAGACUAUAAAAUGUUCAGAUGUAUAGUAAGAUAUGGAUACACAGACAUAAUCCUAGAGGAUGAAGAUUUUGAGAACCAACUGGUACUGAAUAUAGCCGAAUUCAUGUGGAAAGAGGCUGAGUUAGAGGAGGCGGCUUUAGUAUGCGCAUGUGCAGCGAGUGGGGAUUCCACAGUAAAGAUGGUGAUGAGUGAGAGUAAAGAGUUAGGGGAUGAGGAUAAUGGAGUAGAGAUUUUGAGGAGGAGAAAGAGGAGGGUGAGGUUCGAGUUGCCUAAAGGGUGUGAGCCAGUUGAUGCGAUGGUGGAGAAGGAGCUCGUGGAGCUUUCGCAGGCUAAGGAGGUUGGGGUGGUGUAUAUUUUGGAGAAUUCAUGCAUACAAGCAAAGAAGGAUUCCAAUUUGUUGAAGAAAAUUGCAAUCGACUUUGUUUAUGCAUUUUUGAGGAGGAAUUGCAGAGCGCCUGCUUUCACUCUUAAUGUUCCUUGUAUGUCCCGUAUAGAGGCUGGUACAGUGUAUUAUGUGUGAUAUAGUUUUAUUUUGUGAUGCUCAACUGUGUAAUGGAGGCCUCCAAAGGAGGUCCACCUUCUUUUUGUUUCAAAAUUUAGACUUUUAAGAA